AUGAGCUCUGGCGUUCCCCCGUGGCGUGCGAGCGCUUCGGCUACCGCUACUACUGCUGUUUACCCUGGUCAUGGUGAGAUCCCCUUUAUUUUGUCAACUACGCCAGAGAUGCUGAUGAGCUCGAAAGCCACUCCAGCAUACAUACCAGUUCAAGCACGCCGUAGCCUUACCACCCCGGCAUCGACCUCGACCUCCACAACCCCCGCUCAGUCUAAAACAACAACAGACGCCAACCGAAAGCGAGUAGAGUUCCCGGAACCCGUCCGCAUGUAUGUACAGCGCUGUUUCGCCCCUGAGAACCAGAUUUCCGGCGUUUCUAGGCAAGAGAUGGAGUUGAAAUUGAAGUCGGUCAUAACGGAAGCAGCCCAGACCGAUGCGCUUGAUAAGAUCAACUGGGAAUCGUACCCGUUACCCCAGGUCAUGGUGCAGAACGAUAAGCUCAGGAUACUGGCCAACCCCGAGGCUUCCACCUGGGGAUCUCCGUUCGCUGCCCAAUCGCCGAAGCGCAUCUCAACUGACGACGCGUCGAGGAAGAGGAAGUCGGCUGAGUACCAAUCGGAGAACGCCUGUCCGCCCUGGAGGCAAACUAACAAGUCAAACGUCUUUGAAGAUCGAGUCACUUAUUCAGCCACAGACAAGCGCCAACGCAUAGAUAUGAAGAACAGUAAGUCCAAUGCUAAUCUGGAGUGGCGGAAGAAACGGUUUGAGGAUCCCCGAGGAGGAUACGGAUCUUCGCCGUCGUCACGCGGUGCAUCUCCAUCUCCUGUCCCAACCGGUCCCGUUGUUGGGAGGUGCCAGGAUCUGGAGAAGCGUUACUUCCGGUUGACUUCAGCGCCGAAUCCGGAUACAGUCCGUCCUCUACCUGUCCUGAUGAAAACACUGGAUCUGCUGAAAAAGAAGUGGAAAAAUGACAACAACUAUACCUACAUCUGUGAUCAGUUCAAGUCAUUGCGCCAGGAUUUGACCGUGCAGCACAUCAGGAACGAAUUUACCGUCAAUGUCUAUGAGAUCCACGCCCGGAUUGCGCUAGAGAAGGGUGAUCUUGGUGAGUAUAAUCAGUGUCAGACGCAGCUGCGGGCUCUCUACGCACAGCAACUGGAAGGUCACCCGACCGAGUUCAAGGCAUAUCGCAUUCUCUACUUCAUCCACACGCGCAACUGGACGGCAAUGAACGAUGCCCUGGCCGAUCUAACCCCAGCAGACAAGCAAAGUGAAGCCGUCAAGCACGCAUUGGAUGUGCGGUCUGCGCUGGCUCUUGGCAACUACCACCGGUUCUUCCAGCUCUAUCUUGAUACCCCGAACAUGGGAGCUUACCUGAUGGAUAUGUUUGUGGAUCGCGAGCGACUUUCCGCCCUUUCAGCCAUUUGUAAAGCAUACAAGCCAGACGUAAACAUCCGCUUCAUCACAGAAGAGCUCGGCUUCGAGUCUGAUGAGCAGAGUGCGCGCUUCAUCCUUGAUCAUUGCUCGGAGGACAAGCUCUCAGAGAAGGAUGGAGCCGUGAGACUGCUUACAACAGUACAAGCGGCUCAACAGUUUGAGGCAGCGAAAGCCGACGCCCAUCGCGUGAUUGAUAUCAAGGGACAGAUCUAA